AUGGCAUCUUCAGCAACCACCUCUGAAUCGACAGACCACUCCACCAUUGAUAAUUUGGCAAAAACCCAAGAGUAUGUCCCUGCCCCUUUUGUAAUUCAAUCUAUCAAUGCUGGGGAUGACCUUCCUUCAGCAUUGCUACAAGUUUUGUCAUUUCAGAAAAUGCAAAACAACACAGAUGAUACUAACAGACAUAAAUUAGUGUUAUCUGAUGGCACAUACAUGCAGUUGGCAAUCUUGCCUUCUAAAUAUGCUACUUUGAUAGAUUCAGAUAUUGUAAAAAUGGGCACGAUAGUCCAGUUAUCGAGUUAUACAUGCCGAUACAUAUGGAACACAAGGCAGGAAAUCAACUAUGUAUACCUGUUCAAAGAACAAGAACCAGAAAUGAUGUAUGAGGAUAGACCGUCAACAUCUAAACGAUCUCUUCAGUUUGCCACUAAAUUGUCAUCCCCACAAACAACAACUUCUGAAAAUAUAAGUCCUAUCAAAACUUUGAAUCCAUACCAAAAUAAAUGGACAAUCAAAGGGAGAGUUACUCAUAAACGGCCUAUUAAGGCAUAUAGCACAACCACAAAAAAUGGCCAUGUCUUUAGCUUUGAUAUUGUUGAUUGUGAAGGUUCUGAAAUUAGAAUUACAUGUUUUGAUGAGAUAGCUAAGUUACACUCUAACUGUGUGGACAUAGAUUCACAUUAUCUUAUUUCAACGGGAUCUAUUAAGGAGGAAAAUGCAAGGUACAACAAACUAAACAGUCAUUUAAAAAUCACCUUGUCUGAUGCAUCCAUACUAAAACGCUGCACCAAUGAAGAACAAGCAGAUCAACAAGGUCCUCCUUUCACGCACAUUAAUGAAUUGUUUUAUCUAACAAAUAACACGUUGGUUGACAUAAUUGGCCUUGCUCUAUAUGUUGGAGAUAUCAUUCCAAUACACAUAAAAGAUGGCAGCCAAACACACAAACGUGUUGUGAAAAUUAGUGAUCUAUCUAAUUCAACAAUUGACAUCAACCUAUGGGGUCCAACGACAGUACAAAAUGGCUUAGAAUUGAAAAAUAUGUUGACCAAUGAUAGUGUCGUUAUCCUUGCUUUACGUAAUGCUCGUGUUGGCUAUUUCAAUGGGAAGCUUAUAAACAUAACAGCUGCAAGCACAUUACAUAUCAACCCAACUUUUCCAGAAGCAGAGCAUCUAACGUUAAAAGGAAAGGACCCUUUGCUUGUUGUACCCUUUUUGCAGAAACUAUCCACAUAG